GGCACCACCAUCAAAUCAUGUGGCUCUAAUCCUUAGAGGGUCCAAUGUUAUAUCAAAAGUCAUCUGAACUCAGCAGACUGUUCCAGUAAUUGCAAUCCCUGAAUUAGUCACGUUUCUUCUGUGUGCUCUCUCGUUUAUAAAAAUGAAAGCGGCUCUCGCACCCUCUUCUCUCACAAGCCUCUCUUACCGAACCAACUCAUCCUCUUUCCGCUCAUCGCUUCUCUUUCGGUCUCCAUCAUCCUCAGCCUCUAUGACGACGACAACAACCCGUGGGAACGUGGCUGUGGCCGCUGCUGCUACCUCCACUGAGGCGCUACGUAAAGGAAUAGCGGAGUUCUACAAUGAAACGUCGGGUUUGUGGGAAGAGAUUUGGGGAGAUCACAUGCAUCAUGGCUUUUAUGACCCUGAUUCUUCCGUGCAACUCUCUGAUUCUGGUCACCGAGAAGCUCAGAUCCGAAUGAUUGAAGAGUCUCUCCGUUUCGCUGGUGUUACUACUGAUGAAGAGGAGGAGAAAAACAUAAAGAAAAUAGUGGAUGUUGGAUGUGGGAUAGGAGGAAGCUCAAGGUAUCUUGCCUCUAAAUUUGGAGCCGAGAGCAUUGGUAUUACUCUCAGCCCUGUUCAGGCCAACAGAGCCAAUGAUCUCGCAGCUGCUCAAUCACUUGCUCAUAAGGUUUCCUUCCAAGUUGCGGACGCGUUGGAUCAGCCAUUUGAAGAUGGAAAAUUCGAUCUGGUGUGGUCGAUGGAGAGCGGUGAGCAUAUGCCUGACAAGGCCAAGUUUGUGAACGAGUUGGUACGUGUGGUGGCUCCUGGAGGAAGGAUAAUAAUAGUGACAUGGUGCCACAGAAACCUAUCCGCGGGAGAAAAAGCUUUGCAGCCAUGGGAGCAAAACCUCUUGGACAAAAUCUGCAAGACAUUCUAUCUCCCGGCUUGGUGCUCCACCGAUGAUUACGUCCACUUGCUUCAAUCCCAUUCUCUCCAGGAUAUUAAGUGUGCAGAUUGGUCAGAGAAUGUAGCUCCUUUCUGGCCGGCUGUUAUACGAACAGCGUUGACGUGGAAGGGCCUUGUGUCUCUGCUUCGUAGUGGAAUGAAGAGUAUAAAAGGAGCGUUGACAAUGCCAUUGAUGAUCGAAGGUUACAAGAAAGGUGUCAUUAAGUUUGGCAUCAUCACUUGCAGGAAGCCCCUCUAAAGUCUAAAAAAGCUAAAACAAUUUGGCGCUGUUAUCAGUUAUUCACAUACUACUAGAAGAAUUGAAUAAGAGUCACUAUGUGAAACCAUAAUGAUGAGAUUCCGCCGUAUUUAUUUUAGAUCAAGUAAAAUUUCAGUCUUUUAGAGGUCUUUUCUCCAAACAAUGCAUAUAUCUUCAGUUUAUUGUUCGGUUAAAGAUGAUAAUGUUUUAUAUUAGAUUAUGUAACUUUUCUUUAUCAA